AAAAAUAAAAAUAUAAAAACUUAAUAAGAUAAAUAUUUUUUUUAUGAAAUAUAUAUAACAAAUUCUUAAUAAAAUUAAAAAUAAAAAUUCAAUAAUUUAAUAAAAUAAAAUAAAAAUUCCAGUGAUCAAUAGACAGAUUUUGCCUAUCUAAUACUAAAGUGUAACCCGAAAAAAAGAAAAUAAAAAAGAGAAGGAAAACUUUCCCUCGCAUUUCAAACAAACAUUUAAAACUAUCCAAAACGUGUCUCCGCCUAGAAAAUCGCCAAAUCUUUCUCUCCGCCAUUUCUUCCUCCGAGAAAACACCAACACCCUUUCACCCUCCAUUCCUUUGGUCUGUAUCGCUCUACUUUCUUCAAACUCCAUAAUCUCUCUGCUACCCUUUUCUUUUUACCAAGAUCAAUCUUCUACUCUCGAGUCUUUUGAUUCUCUCAUGUUACAAUUUAUUAUACCAUAACUCAAACAUUCUUGAAUCUUUGCACUGAUUCUUGAAUACAAAAACAAAAAAAAGAUAUGAACAGAGAGAAGGAUAAUGCGCAUUGUUUUCUCUCUGUAUCUACCAUCUUUUUCUUUGCAGUGAGUUUACAAUUUCAACACGUUUGCUGUCAAAAAGCUCAGCAAUAUAAUAGAAGUCCAGCUGCAGAAGAGCUUUUCUCUCAGCUGGUUUUUAACAGUUUCUCCAAUUUCACCUCCGUUUUCAAGAAAGAUAUCUCCAAAUACUUUGGUUUCUGCAUAACGGACGUGGAUUCGGAUUGGAAUAUGGCAUUCAAUUUCUCCAAAGAUACGACAUUCAUUACCAAUUGUGCCAAGAAAACCAAAGGCGAUUUGACGCAACGCAUAUGCACAGCAGCAGAAAUAAAGUUCUACUUCAAUAGUUUCUUCUCAAGAGGAUCAAAGAGCACCCACUAUUUGCAACCUAACAAGAACUGUAAUUUGAGCUCUUGGGUUUCUGGAUGUGAGCCAGGAUGGGCUUGUAGCGUUGCUCGUGGUCAAAAGAUUGACCUCAAAAAUUCAGAAAUUAUACCUUCAAGAACUACUAAUUGUGCAACUUGUUGUGAAGGUUUCUUCUGUCCUCAUGGGCUUACUUGCAUGAUUCCAUGUCCACUAGGUGCUUACUGCCCACUUGCGAAACUGAAUAAAACCACCGGCAUAUGUGACCCAUACAAUUACCAAUUGCCUCCUGGGAAGCCAAAUCAUACUUGUGGUGGGGCUGAUAUUUGGGCUGAUAUUUUGAGUAGUAGAGAGGUAUUUUGUCCUCCAGGAUCAUACUGCCCAUCCGGAAUCCAGAAAAUUCCUUGCAGUAGUGGAUAUUACUGCAGGACUGGUUCUACUACUCAAGCAGGGUGUUUUCGGUUGGCAACUUGUGAACCAAAAUCAGCAAAUCAAAAUAUCACAGCAUAUGGCAUCUUGAUUUUUGCUGCAUUGGGUUUCCUGCUCAUCAUUAUCUAUAAUUGUUCUGAUCAAGUUCUUGCAACUCGAGAGAAGCGACAAGCAAAAACUAGAGAAAAGGCAGUUCAAAGUGUGAGAGAAACUGCACAAGCACGGGAAAAAUGGAAAUCUGCAAAAGAUAUUGCCAAGAAGCAUGCAAUAGGACUGCAAACUCAAUUGUCAAGAACAUUUUCUCGUACAAAAUCUAGGAUGCACCAUGAGCCUAGAGGUACAGGUCAAGCUAAACCAGGAACAGAUGCUGCCUUACCACCAAUGCCUGGUUCAGAAAAGAAAGGAAAGAAAAAGGAAAAAAGUAACCUUACACAGAUGCUGCAUGAAAUUGAGACUAAUCCUGAGAGUCCUGAAGGCUUCAAUUUGGAGAUAGGAGAUAAAAAUAUCAAAAAGCAUGCACCAAAAGGUAAGCAGUUGCAUACUCAGAGCCAGAUGUUCAGGUACGCAUAUGGACAGAUUGAGAAGGAAAAAGCUAUGCAGGAGCAGAAUAAGAACUUGACCUUCUCUGGAGUAAUCUCAAUGGCUAGUGAGAUUGAUAUCAGUAAGCGAGUGACGAUUGAGAUUGCCUUUAAAGACCUAACCCUCACCUUGAAACACAAAAACAAACAUCUAUUAAGGUGUGUGACUGGGAAAUUAUCACCUGGCCGAGUUUCUGCUGUCAUGGGUCCAUCUGGGGCAGGAAAGACUACAUUUCUUUCUGCUUUGACUGGAAAAGCAUCUGGGUGCUUUGUGUCUGGGAUGGUUCUCGUAAAUGGUAAGGCAGAGCCAAUUCAAGCUUACAAGAAAAUCAUCGGGUAUGUGCCGCAAGAUGACAUUGUCCAUGGAAACUUGACAGUGGAGGAGAAUCUCUGGUUCAGUGCAAGAUGCAGAUUGUCUGCUGAUCUACCUAAACCAGAAAAGGUUCUAGUUGUUGAAAGAGUCAUCGAGUGCUUAGGGCUGCAGGCAGUGCGAGAUUCGCUGGUUGGUACAGUGGAGAAGAGAGGAAUUUCUGGAGGUCAAAGAAAAAGAGUAAAUGUUGGGCUUGAAAUGGUUAUGGAACCUUCACUUCUUAUAUUAGAUGAACCCACAUCUGGCUUGGACAGCUCGUCUUCUCUUUUACUGCUUAGAGCUCUACGGCGUGAAGCUCUUGAGGGAGUAAACAUUUGCAUGGUUGUUCACCAACCAAGCUAUACAUUGUUCAGAAUGUUCGAUGAUUUGAUACUUCUAGCCAAGGGUGGCCUGACAGUGUAUCAUGGGUCAGUAAAGAAAGUGGAAGAGUACUUUGCCAGCCUUGGGAUUACCGUACCGGAGCGCGCGAAUCCUCCGGAUUACUUCAUCGAUAUUCUGGAGGGGAUUGUAAAACCAAGCGGAGGGGUGAACUAUAAACAGCUCCCAAUUAGAUGGAUGCUUCACAAUGGCUACCCAGUUCCGAUGGAUAUGCUGCAGAGCGCUGAUGCAAUGGAGGCAUCCACCAGUGAUUCAACUCAUGGAGCCCGCACCAGUGAUGCUGCAUCCGAAUCACAAUCUUUCGCCGGAGACUUUUGGCAGGACAUGAAGUCAAAUGUGGAGACAAAGAAAGAUAAUAUAAAUAACACUUUCUUAAACUCAGGCGACUUAUCCAAUCGGUCAACCCCUGGUGUGUUUCGACAGUACAGAUAUUUCUUAGGGAGGCUUGGCAAACAGCGACUACGAGAAGCAAGGACACAAGCUGUAGAUUAUUUGAUUUUAUUACUUGCUGGAAUCUGCUUAGGAACGUUAGCUAAAGUGAGCGACGAGACUUUCGGAGUGAUUGGUUACACGUACACUGUCAUUGCAGUCUCUCUUCUGUGCAAAAUUGCGGCCUUGAGAUCAUUUUCUCUGGAUAAGUUACAUUAUUGGAGAGAGAGUGCUUCUGGUAUGAGCAGCUUGGCUUAUUUUCUAGCCAAGGAUACGGUAGAUCAGUUUAACACAUUUGUCAAGCCACUUGUGUAUCUCUCAAUGUUCUACUUCUUCAACAAUCCAAGGUCAACAGUAAUCGACAAUUAUGUGGUUCUGAUCUGUCUGGUUUAUUGUGUGAGCGGGAUAGCUUAUGCUUUAGCCAUUUUCUUCGAACCUGGUCCAGCACAACUGUGGUCAGUGCUUCUUCCAGUUGUUUUGACCCUAAUAGCAACUCGUGGAGAAGACAGCACGUUUGUUGCAGAACUAUCCGACUUGUGUUACACAAAAUGGGCACUGGAAGCAUUUGUCAUAUCAAAUGCUAAAAGAUAUUAUGGUGUAUGGCUGAUAACACGGUGCGGAUCGCUCAUGGAAAGCGGGUAUGAUCUCAGUCAUUGGUAUCGUUGUUUGGUAUUCCUCUUUGUUUUCGGCUUAGCUAGUCGAAUCAUUGCCUACAUUAUUAUGAUUACCUUACAUAAGAAAUAAACCGAGCCCUUGUAUGCUAUACCCUUCCUGUACAAAGUAGAAAGAUGAACAACAGAUGCUCUUGCUCUUGUGCUAGAAACUUACAAAUGAACUGAAACAUACUGGGAAAUACAUGGUGGAUAGUGGUUGAAGGAAUCGCAUCCAAUACUUGUGGAGACAUGUAAAAAAGGGUUACCGCCCAUACAGCAGUAUGUGGAUAUAUAGGAGACUGCAGCACUGCAAAGCAUGCUAAACUACAUUUCUGUAUGAUAAUCUGUGUAAAGGAAUCAUCUUUUUUCUUCUUUUUUUUUUUUUUCUUUCGUUUUUAUCAAUACUUGUGAACAUUAGUCUUUUUCUUUUUUACCAAUACUUAGUGAAUAUUACACACAUAGAAGUAGGAAUUAAAUGAAUCCAGCCAUGACAGCUCUAUUUUAUUCUCUCUCUC